CCGUGCACGCGCCCGCCGCCGCCCUCCCCGUGCACGCGCGCGCCGGUGCAGCGCCGGCGGCGGCGGCAGAGGAGGAGGCGGCGGCGGCGGCGGCGGAGGCCGAAGGAGCCCCGGGGCGAUGGACAGCACGGGGAAGGAGCGGGAGGCCGUGCAGCUGAUGGCGGAGGCCGAGAAGCGGGUGAAGGGCUCGCACUCCUUCCUGCGGGGGCUCUUCGGGGGCAACACCAGGGUGGAGGAAGCCUGCGAGAUGUACACCAGGGCUGCCAACAUGUUCAAGAUUGCCAAAAACUGGAGUGCUGCAGGAAAUGCGUUUUGUCAGGCGGCCAAGCUGCACAUGCAGCUGCAGAGUAAACACGACUCGGCCACCAGCUUCGUGGACGCUGGGAACGCCUACAAAAAAGCAGAUCCACAAGAGGCCAUCAACUGCUUAAAUGCAGCUAUCGAUAUCUACACUGACAUGGGGCGAUUCACGAUCGCUGCCAAGCACCACAUCACCAUUGCGGAGAUCUAUGAGGCCGAGCUGGUAGACAUUGAAAAGGCGAUCGCACACUACGAGCAGGCUGCGGACUAUUACAAAGGAGAGGAGUCUAACAGCUCAGCCAACAAGUGUCUGCUGAAGGUGGCUGCCUAUGCCGCGCAGCUGGAGCAGUACCAGAAGGCAAUAGAAAUCUACGAGCAGGUCGGAACAAACACGAUGGAUAAUCCUUUGCUUAAGUAUAGCGCGAAGGAGUAUUUCUUCAAAGCCGCCCUGUGCCACUUCAUCGUGGAUGAGCUGAACGCGAAGCUCGCACUUGAGAAAUACGAAGAAAUGUUCCCAGCGUUCACAGAUUCACGGGAAUGCAAGCUAUUGAAAAAACUGCUGGAAGCCCACGAGGAGCAGAACUGCGAGGCGUACACCGAGGCAGUUAAAGAAUUUGAUUCAAUAUCGCGGUUGGAUCAGUGGCUUACAACCAUGUUGCUUCGCAUCAAGAAGUCAAUCCAAGGAGAAGGGGACGGGGACCUGAAGUGAAUUGUGUGCGGUAUUUGUGGCAUGCGGCCUAUGUAAUCCGUUCUUGUGUUACAGCCAAGGACCACUACGGGAUACGUGAUAAAAUACCUAGCUUUAUUUUGUCGCUUACAAAUCCAAUGACUUGUGUGUUUCUUUAGUAUCCUGCUCUUUGUCGUGACAAUGUGGGUAGAUGAGAAGCGAUGCUCUGGGUAGCACUGGCACAUCUUUCUGAGGCGAAAUAAGAACUUUUUGGCAGAAAUCCUUUCUUGGUUUUAUUAGCAGGCAACCCCAAAGGCUGCACUCAGCAACUGCUGGUUUUUCCCCGCUGUUCUGUCUUCGGGCUCAGUACCGUUCAUUCCAGCACGUAAAUAUUUUGGCUGCACCAGUGCAGUACAAGUGAUUGCUUCUGAUCUGUUGCUGUCUCGUUGCAGUUUUCUUUUCCAAAUGGGCCUCUGUCAGAUAUGCUUGGAUCUUGGGGGUUUUUUUAAAAUGAUUGAGCUUUUUUAACGGUGCUAGUGGAAGGCUUUUAGUGUGACUCUUAAAUACAGUGUGCCCGUGUGUGUGUACAUCCUAUACAGAUACACGUGUGCACGUAUACAGCAUACCUGAUGACUUAGAGCUGAAAGCAUUACACGUGAGAGGACAGGACCGCCUAGAUUGGUGUAAGCCCUCGGCCAGUCAUCGCCAGUAGACCUAGUUAAUGGUGUUUUGUAUCUCAGAUCUAAAUAUAAAAAUGUAAGGUUCUUCUAUAUUUUCUUGGAUCUAUUUUUCCACUUUAUUUUGUGGCGCAUCCCAUCCCUCCUCCCCCGAGAUGACUUGACCCAAGUAAUAAUCUAUUUUUCUAACGUUUCAUUUAUGUGAACUCCCGCUGCUGUCUUUACUACAGGUCUUUUGUGUGCGCUGGGCAAUACCUGUUAGUUUCUGACCUCUCUGCUGUUGGCGAAGCCGCCUCGUUCUUGGGACGUGCCAAGGUGUUGGCUGAGACUUGAUGUUGCACAGAAACCGCGUUUUAGUUGUCUGGGUGACAGGUGAAUUGAGCUUGCUUUGAAAAGGCACAGACAUGUUUAAAAAUGCCUGCAUUCAUUUUAGAAACAGGUUUUAAAGUGUCUGCAACCAAGACGCUUCCCUGCAAUGCAUUGUUUAACAGGAGGUAAUUAAGCUACUUGUUACUUGGACAUAUUAAGGAGGACUUGGGAGCCUAUGCCAUUUGUCAGCGGGAGCUGUCACUCGGUAUUUCCCUGUAAUGAAGUGAUUUUUCAGCUGCACUACUGACAUGCAAAGAAUGAAAAAGUAAUUCAUUAACUGCUUUAGUUGGCACAACUGCUCUUUAAGCUGGGCCCUCUUCCGCAGCCAGGGCAGGAGCGCUGCCCAGGGCAGGCACUGCCCCUUGUUUCUCUUGCUGAAGUGACAGUGUCUGGUGACCACCAUGCCAGCUCUUGUGCUUCUCUUUGGUUUGUUUUUCAUCUAGGUUCUUGCUUUGAGUAGAACACGGUUUGGCUUACUGGUCGAAAGGGUUGCAUUGUAUUUAAGUGGUACUUCAUCUCUACCAGUGGCUUAUGAAAAAGAAAACCAAAAAUCACUCCUGGUACAUGUCAAAUUAUUGUUAAUUUUUUGUUUUCCUGCCUGAUCUCCCCAGUCUAUUUUCCAUAGACAUUCUCUGUGCACCCUCCCUUGACAGAAAAGACCCGUGAGCUCUGCUAACGGGCAAGUUGAAUGCACUGAAAAAGCCUGGAUGCUGCUCGUUCUUCCAAGCAGCUUGUGUCUUCACUUCUCAGAUGUGUUUUUAAGGCCGCUGCUUGCAGUCGCCCUCUGUCCGCAGCAAACCAUCACUCAAACCCAGACCACCCUGCCUCACGCCCCUCCUUCCCACAAACACGGCAGAAAAACACUUCACAUGCCCUUUAGCGUGUGGCCUGCGGCACUCCGAGAGGCGGGCACGCAUCGAGGAUUAACCGGCGUUUUCCAAGGGCGACCCGUUUCUGUGCCGCCUCCGCUGGGCAGAGAAAAUACCAGGCUUAGGGUGCAGCUAGCGCGGUAGGGGGUCAUUGGAUUAGCUGAAGUCAGACUCGCUGCGGCUUUGCUCGUGUUUCGGACGAGAGGGCCCAAAGAUGUAAGUGCCGCUGAACUCACCUGUGGUGAACGGAGGGAGCUGGAAUAAUUUUUAUUUAAUUUACUCGUUUCUUUCCCCUCGCAUUGAUGGCUUUGUUUUGACUUGUAUCCAUCACCUUUGGAGCCCUGGUGAGGGGAAGCGCAGGCUGCGAGCUUUUCCUAGUGUCACACAGAGCCCAGGCAAGUAUUUUAUGCUGUUGUUGUUUUUGUUGUGGUUCACUUUUCCAGUUGUCAAUAUUAUGCACAGUUGUGAUAAGAUGCGUACGGAGCUGGUGGACCAGAGGACCGUACCCGUGGGGUUGCGAGGUCUGUUACUGUGCUCUGGAGUAAUAUCAUUAAAAUACAAAUGUUAGUUGUGUAUAAGUAGGCUAAAGCAUGUCCUCCAGUGUAUCAGUGGUAAAUCGUGACAGUUUUAAGAUGACAAUCUGCAACUCCGCUGUAUUUCCCCCCCCCCCCCCCAACACAACUCUGUACUACGAAAACUUAUUAAUGAAAUGGCCUUAGCAAGAAUAAUAAUGUUUUGUGUGAAUCUGUACAUGAAUAAAGUAAAAAACAUCAAUGUAA